UCUUCGCCGCUUCUUAAAUUGCCAGAGUCUGUGGGCUGGAGCUGGCGUCUGCUGGGCUGUUGUUCUUUGGCCUGGCUUUAGCUGUCUAUCCAUUUACUUAUUUAUUUUUUAAAAGCCCGAGGUUCCCUGGAGAAGGGCGGCAGGUCCCAGCCAAGUUUUCGACUUACGGGUUCAAGAUGAACAAAGUGUGCGCUAUUUUUGGAGGUUCCCGGGGUAUUGGCAGGGCAGUAGCCCAGUUAAUGGCCCAGAAAGGCUACCGACUGGCGAUCAUCGCCAGAAAUCUGGAAGUGGCCAAAGCCGCCGCAGGUGACCUCGGCGGAAAUCAUUUAGCAUUUAGCUGUGAUGUUGCUAAAGAACAUGAUGUUCAACAUAUAUUUGAAGAGAUGGAGAAACAUUUAGGUCAAGUAAAUUUUUUGGUAAAUGCAGCUGGUAUUAACAGGGAUAGUCUUUUAGUAAGAACAAAAACCGAAGAUAUGAUAUCUCAACUUAAUACUAAUCUCUUGGGUUCUAUGCUGACUUGUAAAGCUGCCAUGAGGACUAUGAUUCAACAACAGGGAGGGUCUAUUGUUAAUGUAGGAAGUAUUAUCGGUUUAAAAGGCAAUUCUGGCCAGUGUGUGUAUAGUGCCAGUAAAGGAGGAUUGGUUGGAUUUUCACGUGCACUUGCUAAAGAGGUAGCACGAAAGAAAAUUAGAGUGAAUGUAGUUGCACCAGGAUUUGUUCAUACAGAUAUGACGAAAGACUUGAAAGAAGAACAGUUAAAGAAAAGCAUUCCUCUUGGAAGGUUUGGAGAAACCAUUGAGGUGGCACAUGCAAUUGUGUUUCUUUUAGAAUCACCAUAUAUUACAGGACAUGUUCUAGUAGUGGAUGGAGGGUUACAACUUGUGGUAUAAUUUAGAGAUUGUUCAGUUAUAAUGGUGAUUAGAAUCAAGUCAUACUUUAGCUAUUGAUAAGACAAUCAUACUACCUGGUGACACUUGCUAAUCAAACCUACUGAUGCUACCAAUGUUGAUUUCCUUCUUUAUAUAAAUGUUUGAAAAGAACAAUGUGUGCCCAAUUGGUUUAUCUAAAGGGUAUGAAUCAUCUAUACUAGCUACCUUUAUAGGCCAUAUCAAUUUUAGUAUAUAGACAUUUUGUAAAGGACAUAAUAUUUAUGUUUUGCCUCAAAAAUGGAAAAAUUAUAUUGUAUAAUUAUGAUGAAUGAUUUCAUUGUAUCAGGCUGAUUUUUCUAGAAGUUAACUUCUAGACAGUUGCUAAAAUAAGAAUUUCCAGAACAUUGAUUUAUUGUCAGUACUUUAGCAAAUUUGCUGAAGUUAAACAUUGUAUUGUUUUGCAUAUGUUUAGGCAAUCAAUUUUUUAUAUGGGUUGGAAAAAAUAGUAUCAAUUAGACAAAGACAUGAAUUUAGAGUUGAUUUCUUAGAGCAGUAUUACUCUUGGUUGAACAGCUGGACAAAAUAACCUGUAAAUUUAAAUGUGGUGCAAGUGGCUUAUUUUGUAGAAAUUCCCAGCGGUAAUGAGGACCAGUCCUUAAGGUUUUAAUAUCUGGUACAGUAAUGAGCUGCAUGGAUUUCAUGAAUUUAGGCAGUGUUUUUUUUAACCUACAAAAACUCAGUAUAGUGAGUUACUUAAAAAUAAUUCAAGCUUUUGGAAGGGUACCUGGAACAAAUUUGUACCAAACCAGCAGCUUCAGUUGCCACAGUUCUCUUCAGUUCCUGGAUGUUUCUCGUGGCCAAAAAUGCACUAAAUCAUCUCCAAGUUUGAACAUCCAGCAAACAAUGGCAAGACAGAGCACCUGAUUUCCAGACAAAUAUGGUAAUGUGGUAUUAGCUAUUGGAGCCACUUUUCUGUAUUGCUGUGUGGACACACAUAGUAACACAAAUUGGAAUAGAAUGGAACCUGUCCCCUGUUGGCUGGGUCAUCCCAAAGGAAUGGAGAGAUCAGUAAUUGUGCCAACUUAUAAUUGAUGCCAAGUAAAAGCACUGUGUACCUAUUAUACCUAUGGCAUAUUGAAGAAAUAAAGUACACUUGAAACAUUAAAAAAGAAGUUUAGGAAACUUAACAUUAUGAGCAUUUUUGUAUUGUGAAUAUAACAAUGAUCCUUACCCUAGUAUUUUAGAAAGGUGUAAUGGCCAAUUUGAAUUGUCAACUUGAUUGGAUUAAGAGAUGCAACAAUUAAAGAGUGUGUUGAUCAGGGUGUGUCAAGGAAUGAUUGGCAUGUGGGAUGGCCAACUGAAAUGGAGACCCUCCAUGAGCAUGGGCAGCACCUUCCAAUAGGAUGAUGGCUUGGAUGAAAUGAAAGUUGGAAGAACAAGAAAGCAGCAGCAGAUGCAAACUCCAUUCUUCUUGAAUGGGUUCUUGAUUGCUGCUGUGAUGUCUGAGGAUCGCUCUUGCUUUUUCACUCUUCCAAAGUGAUCUCUACCAGUGAUUCUCCAGGGAAUUUCCAGAAGUCUUCCAUCUCAGACUAGGAUAGAACCAUUGAUCCCUCUUGUUCUGUGGCUUCAGCUUCUUGGACUGUGUAGCUACUUGUUCUUCCAGCUCUCCAGCCUGCAAACAGCCAUUGUGGACUAUCCAGCUUCUGUUUGUGUAAGCCAACCUAAUGAGUCCCCCUUUUAAAAUUAUACUUCCUGUUGAUUCUGUUCCUCUAGAGAACCCUGACUAAUAUAAAAGGUAAUAAAUAAUUACUCAUAAGUAAUCAUAAAAUAUUUUAAAUAUAUUUGCAGUAACAAUGAGUUAAAUGUCUUUACAAGAAACAAAGCAAUAGUCUUGAAACAGAGUGUUUGCCUGGGCAUAGAGAUAAAGAUAUGAACUGAAUGUAAAAUAUCAGGUAACAUCUUUUUUGCAUUGAACUCUUGGGAAUAAUGCAGAUUUCAGUGUCACUAGGUUCAUGUUUUUAUUUAUCAGUUUUCAAAAUGUUUUAAAUAUUGCAUUCCAAAGUAAUUAUCAUAAUUUUCUAAUAGCUUUUUUUAAAAGUGGAAUAUUAUCUAAGAAUUAUGUUGAAAAUUGGUGCAAAAAAUGAUUAAGAUGUACUAAUAAAUUCAGAGUAACAGUAUUUUAAGUCCUUUAUGGUCUAAAUCAAGAUUCCUGAUUCCUUAAAAAUUAUUCUUGUUUUAAAAAAAUUACUUUAUUUGUUUAUUUUUUUAUGUGGUGCUUAGGAUUGAACCCAGUGCCUCACACAUGCUAGGCAAGCACUCUACCACUGAGCCACAACCCCAGCCUCUUAAAAAUUCUUUUUUUUUUUUUGUGGUGCUGGGAUUGAACCCAGGGCCUUGUGCAUGCAAGGCAAGCACUUUACAUCCCCAGCCCAAAAAUUAUUCUUAAUUUAUCUUUCAAAUUGUUUUUUUUUUUUUUUUUACUUAGAUUUCCCUGUUCAGAAUAUGAGAAAGUAAAGUGUAAGUCAAGUUAGUAUUAUUGAACAAAUUGUCUACUAAAUGCAGAAUACAGAAUAUAUCAGGUGUUCAUAAUUCCUGGCACAUAUAGGAAAUGUAGCACUCAGGAUAGUUAUAGAUAUGAUGCUUUUAAGCUGGGAGAGUUUGUGCGGCCAGAGUAUGUACUUCUGCUCUCCCACCUACUGGCCUCUGGCUGCCUGCAUUUCAUAAUUGCUUUGUAUUCAGGCUUUAGUUCCCCUCAGUGGACAAUCAUGUUCUGAAGUCACCAGUGAUUAAGAAGAAAGCAGUGUAUUUCACUGAACUGAUGACAGGUUAGAGAUAGGCUUAACCUUUAAGGAUGUGUAUUUACACAUUAAAAUAAGAAAUACACCUUUUAAACUAUUCUCACCCUCCCGUAGCCUAUUUCAAACUGGCAAAAUAUGUGGAGAAGUCUUGAAAUGGGUAAAAUAAACCUUCACUCUUCCAUCUUAGGUGAAUUCUCCACCUACUUUAGCUGACCUGGUAGAAUUUGUAAUUCAGUACUUGCAUUCUGUUUCUGAAAUCAGUUCCUAAUUAUUGCCUUACAGUCAGAGAUUCAAGAACUUUAAUGAAUUAUUAACCAACAGAAUGAUCUAUAGUUGUUAUGACUCUUGGAACCUACAAUCCAGCCCAUGUGUAGCAUUUAAAAAUAAAAAAGAAAGGAUAAUGGUUAAAACCAAUGUAUUAAAAUUUUGCAUUGAAGUUUUAAAACUUGUGCUCCUUUCACAUGUUUAUUCAUAUUCAAUUUAAGAGGGAUUGUAACUGUUUUUUAGAGAUAGAAUUACAUGUUAUAAAUUACUUUGGGGGGAUAAUUUGUGUGAAGAAGAUAACUUAUUUAUGCUUGCAUUAUCCAGAAGACUAUUCUGGAUAUUCAAGAGUUAUAUCUUACAUUACUGAUAUAUUUUUCCAAGCUUUUGGAAUGGAAGUAUGUAUAAAGUAAAUCCUACUGCUGUCCUGACUUGGCAAAUAUACUAUACUAAAAUAAAGUACUUAAUAAUUAACUUUA